AUGAGCCAUGUGCCAAACUCCACAGAAGAAAUCGUCAGAAACUAUUUGGCCGGAAGAUCAAUGAUAACCACGUUGAAGGCGUUCGAACAAGAGUGCUCGCAGACCAAAGAUGCCAACUAUCAGGUCGACCGAUGCAUCGAUGAAAUGACCGAAGCGAUAGAGAAACAAGAUGUCGACACGUUGUGUGCAAUGUGGGAAUCGUGGAAUGCUCGCGUGUUUCAUAGUCUUGACGCUGAAGGAAUCAAGCAAGCACAGGGCUACGAAGCAAGCGCUUACCGACUAUUCCUCGUGCGAUGUGUACAGAAGAAAAAUAUUGCCAAGUGCAACGAGUUCUUCAGAAAAAUGUCAUCGUUAACACUGAACAACCCACAGUGGACCGAUUGGUUUGCAUUCCCCUACAUGCAACACGCAAAAGACACCGAGCCGUUCCGAAAGUAUUUCGAUAAGACGUGGAUUGAAAUCUACUACGUCUCACUGCACAAUUUUCUCUCCACAAGUCUCGCGACAGUAUCGCCAAGCAUUAUUGGAACGGUUGUGGAUGGGAUAGCAAGGGAUCCGCUUGUGACCGAAAACACAGAUUUUGAUGAGGACUUGAUCGACGACUUUGCUGUCAUAGCGCAAUGCUCGGCUCCUGUCAAACGUGGUCACUCGAAACCAUCACUCAGAAAUUUGCUAAAAUCUCUGACAAGCUCCAAGAAACCAUCCUCGUCGACCGACUGA